UUCUGCGCCAGGUAUGGGGGUAUCUUUCUCAGGAUAUUCCCGCAGUACCCCAAGCCAGUAUGCGGACCGCUGACAGACUCUCUUACUCAGAGGUAGUCGGCGCCAUGCUGGGCACUGAUGCUUUACUAUACAUUGAGGAGGGGGACUACGCCACUUACCGUCACAUAUAUUUGAUGCCUCCAUUGACGGAAGCUCGUAUCCCGAUGAUGAGGCCUGCCGGUACGUCAUCCUCGGAUCAGGCUCAGGCUCGAGCUACAGACAUCCCUUCUUCUAGCAGGGCUGGCGCAUCUAGAGGUGGGAGUAGACCGUUUCCUCCGACUCCGUCGAUUCAUCCUCAUGUCGGAUGGCCAGAUAUGCCGACUGAGUUGAUGGCAUGGCAGUAUGGGGCUAGCUCUCCGACUCUGAUUCCACUAGAGCCUCCGAUGCCCAGUGAUCGAUACGCCAUUGAUCCGGACUCACCGCCGCCAUCGCGAGGAAUUUUGUUCCAAAAUACUGAAUCUGAUACGCGGAUAACGGAUUUUGUACUGAUUCUCACAAUACUGUCUCUUGGCGCCUUUGCCGUUACUCAUCGCACUGUAUAUGCGUUUCCUGUUGAGUUACAUCUAAAGGCAAUAGCAAGAGCUAGGGUUUUCACUGCACAGCGUUUAAAAACCUAUAUGGGUAAGUAA